AUGCUUCCUGUGAAUAGCACCAACUCCUUCUCCACCUUCCAGGUGACAGGCAUUCCUGGGCUGGAGGCUGUGCACAUCUGGAUCUCCAUACCCUUCUGUGCCAUGUUCUUCAUUACCUUGGUGGGUAACAUGACCAUCCUGACAGUUAUCUGGAGGGAGCAGACCCUCCAUGUGCCCAUGUACCUCUUCCUGGCCAUGCUAGCUGCCUCUGACCUGGGGCUGUCUCUCUUCACCUUCCCCACAAUGCUGAGGGUCUUCUGGCUGGAUGCAAGAGAGUUGACCUCUUCUGCUUGCUUUAUACAAAUGUUCUUUAUACACACCUUUCAGGAUUUUGAGUCAGCCAUCAUAUUGGCAAUGGCCUUUGACCGCUAUGUGGCCAUUUCUCGUCCAUUGCACUAUUCUUCCAUCCUCACUAAUAGUGUGAUUGCCAGAAUAAGUAUAGCCAUUGUCUUACGAACCUUAACUGUACAAGUGCCCCUCCCAGUUCUCUUGAGGAGACUGUGCUUCUGUCGCUCCAAUGUACUUUCUCACUCCUACUGCCUGCAUCCUGACAUCUUAAAGCUCUCCUGUUCCAACACUAGGGUUAAUAGCAUCUUUGGGCUGUUUGUGGUGCUCUCCACUAUGGGACUUGAUUUUCUCCUCAUUAUUCUUUCUUAUGCGCUGAUUCUGAAAACAGUACUGAGCAUUGCUUCCCAUGGUGGCCGUCUCAAGGCCCUCAAUACCUGCAUCUCCCACAUCAGCGCUGUGAUCGUCUUCUUCACACCCAUGAUCUGCUUGUCGAUGCUGCACCGCUUUGGCCCAAGGCUUCCUUCCCAAGUCUAUGUGACCAUAGCCAACAUGCAUUUCCUCAUUCCUCCUGUGAUGAACCCCAUUGUGUAUGUGGUGAAAACCAAGCAGAUCCGAGAGAAAAUUCUGAAACUCUUCAACAAAAAAAGACCACAAGAAUCCCAAAUAACAUUUAUAACAUAA